AAACAAAAUAACUCAGCUGAUUAUGUUUGAUAAAAAUGUAAAUAUCUAUCUAUGUUUUUAUUCACAACAAUACUGCGUGCAAUUACAUAAUUACAAUACUUUUCGAAAUAUGGAGUAACCAUAAAUUUUUAUGUACUGACAUAAAAGCCACUAAUUUGUAUAUCUGUACAUAUUUUUAUAUACAAUACAUAUCAUAAUUAGUAUCUAAAAGUAGUAAAUAUGGUUCGACAAUUCCAAGAGUUGCCUUUAUCUCGAACAUUUAUACCAGCAAAAAUGUUAGAAGUUUAUGAUGCCAAUUAUGACAAGGAGCAUCCAAGAAAUCUUAUUCCAGAAUUAUGUAGACAGUUCUAUCAUCUUGGAUGGGUAACUGGUACAGGUGGUGGCAUCUCCAUAAAACAUGAGGAUAAAAUUUACAUAGCUCCUUCUGGUGUACAAAAAGAGCGUAUGAUGCCUAAUGAAAUGUUUGUGCAAGAUAUCAAUGGAACAGAUUUGGAGUUGCCUCCACCAGAAAAGAAAUUGAAAAAAUCACAAUGUACUCCACUAUUCAUGUGUGCCUAUUUAAGAAGAAACGCAGGUGCUGUGAUUCAUACACAUUCCAAAUUUGCAGUCAUGGCAACAUUGUUGUGGCCUGAAAAAGAAGUCAAAGUCACCCAUCUUGAGAUGAUAAAAGGUAUAUGGAAUCAAAAAGAAGGUAGAGCCUAUCGUUAUGAUGAGGAGUUGGUGAUACCGAUUAUAGAAAAUACUCCUUUUGAGAGAGAUUUAAAAGACGAGCUAGAUAAAACUAUCGUUCGCUAUCCAGAAACUUGUGCAGUACUGGUACGCAGACAUGGAAUUUAUGUGUGGGGUGAUUCUUGGCAACAGGCAAAAACUAUGACGGAAUGUUAUGAUUACUUGCUCGACAUUGCAGUUCAAAUGAAACAAUGUGGAUUAAAUCCAUUAGCAACUCCAAGUGAUCAUGAAUUGAAACAUCAGCAAAAUGGAAUCAAAUGGUGAAUCAAAUAAUAAAAUAAUAAUAAAAUAAUAAUCAUAUAAUUAAAAUAAUCAAUUUUAAUAUGAAGUUUAUUUCUUCACUGUUUUUGUGCCAUAAAUCUGUGUAUUCCUAAGCUAUGUACAUAUUUCAAAUAUUGGAUACAUAUAAAAACUAAGGUAAAAAAUAAAUUACAAAAUAUUGAUUAUAAUCAGGUUUCACACAUAGAUAAGUAUAUACAUUAAAUUCUAAAAAUAA